UCUGUUGAGCUUAUAAAAGCCAAGCAAUUAUUCUUAGCUCUCUCAGUUUUAUUCGUUCGGUCGAUGAGUCUGGAUGACAAGUUUAAAUUUUUUCAUUAUAUUCUUCUCACCUUGUUCUCAUCGAAGUAGUUUUUUUUAUUCUUAUCGAAGGUUAAACAUGACGCAGUUUAAGUGCAUUGUUUUGCUUGUGCUCUGGAUGGCUACUUCGACUUUUGCCUCAGAUGAUCCUUGUGCUUCCUCACGAUAUAAAAAUUUCAAGAUGUGCGUGCCUCAUGGCAUCCUCAAUGCAUGUGAAGCUUUGGCGAAUAAUAAACUUAAGGAUGGUUUGACAAUUAAAUGUGUACCAGCUCGUGAUCGGAUGGAGUGUUUAGAAAAGUUGGAACAUAGUGAGGCCGAUUUUAUGGCUGUGGAUCCAGAGGAUAUGUACGUUGCCUUUCAGAUUGAUAACGACGAUUUUUCCGUCUUUUCCGAGAUUCGAACGAUCGAAGAACCAGAUGCUGAAUUCCGUUACGAGGGCAUUAUGCUAGUGCACAAAAACUCGAGUAUCAAAAGUUUAACGGAUUUACGUGGAAAAAAAUCGUGUCAUACUGGAUAUGGACGCAAUGUUGGAUACAAAAUACCGAUAACAAAACUGAGAAAACACGACAUUUUCAAAUUAUCAUCAAAUCAAUACUUGCCAUCGCUUGAGAGGGAGCUGAAGGGUUUAUCGGAGCUUUUCAGUGAAUCGUGUUUGGUGGGCACAUACUCGCCAAAUGAAGAAAUCAAUCGAUUGUACAAAAAACGUUUUUCGAAUUUGUGUGCAUUGUGCGAAGAUCCGGAGAAAUGUAACUAUCCCGACAAGUAUAGUGGUUAUGAAGGAGCUAUCCGAUGCUUAGUUGAAAAAGGCGGCGACGUCGCUUUUACGAAAGUGAUUUAUGUUCGAAAAUUCUUUGCAUUGCCAAUCAACAAUCGUGCCUCAAAGACGCAGCCACAGGCGAAUCCAUCUGAUUAUGAGUAUUUGUGUGAAGACGGUACUCGUCGCGCGGUAACCGAUAAGCCAUGUUCAUGGGCUGCGCGUCCUUGGCAAGGUUAUAUGGGCAAUUUGGGUGUAAAACAAUGUUCAAAUCAUAUCCAAAAUCUUGUUAAAGAGUUCUACGAACAAGGGAAAACGUCUAGCGAUAAGGCAAGCGCAACAAAAUUGUGGAUUAAUGAAAAGAAUGUGGUUGUAGCGAAAGAAAAACAGGUUUUUCCUGGCGAUCAUUUAACGAGAGCCCAAUACAAAGACGUAAUUGAACGUGAAGGACCAUUUGAACAAAAAAUCCGUCUGUGCACAAGUAACGAUGUUGAAAUGCGAAAAUGUUCGGUGAUGCAAAAAGCAGCUUACUCUCGAGACAUUCGACCACAAUUCGAAUGCGUACUUUCGUCGGAUUGUAUUCAAAGCGUUCGAAAUAGUGAAAGUGAUGCAACUGUUGUUACCAUCAGAAAUCGUCGAAAAGCCCGAGAAAACCAAUUGAUUCCGAUUGCUCAUGAAUUAAGUGAUGACCAUUAUUUUGUUAUUGUCAAAAAGGACUUAAGCAAUGAUUUACUUGCCAACACACCAAUAAAAUUCGAUCCAAAUGAUGAGAAAAGCCGUGAUGCAGCAUUAAAUUUCAAUUAUCAACGCGGACAUGAAAAGUGUUCAGGUUUCACAAUCGAUGAGUCUCCCGUUCGUGUUGUUCGAUUCAAUCAGUCAAGUACGGAAUUAAAUAUCGAUUCGGAGGAAUUCAUUUGUCGUGGCAUACGACGACCAAUCGUUUUGGAUCAAUUGGAUGUUAGUAAUUGUAGAUACGAUGCUACUCCACCUCUUACAGUCUAUGUCCGAAACACACUGGCCAGUUUCGAACAGGAUGGCAUCAAACACGCGUUUUCCGCUCUGUCCGAUAAGUUUGGCAAAGACGGCAGUCUUGUUGAUGUGUUUGAAAUGUUCGGCGAAUUUGAACCGGGAAAACGGGACGUUUUAUUCAGCGACAAUGCUAAAUCUCUCAUCACCGUAGACUCAAUAAAUCUGACCGAAUCAUUUUUUAACUAUGAUGGAGAUGAGGAAACAAUGUUUACGAACAUUCGAUGCUGGGAUUAAAUUUAAACCAUUUUCAAUGCAUUUUAAAUCGAUGAAUAACAAGUGAAUCAAUAAUCGACUGCUUUCACGUCACAUUUACUGUUCAAGAAAUACAAACCUUUUACUCAAAAUAAACAAAUGAAUGAAA